AUGCUGCGGUUCAUUACCGCAGUGGGCCUCUUCCUGAGCCCGACACUUGUUCGCUCCACAAAUCCCGAGCCGUGCAUCAACUCCUUCACAGAUGUCGCUUCAAAUGCAAUUGCUCGCAGCGUGUUUACUCACUGCAUCGACGUUGAUGCUGCUGCCGAGCGACAUACAAAUGAAGACAUUGAAAUCACCGAUCCAUUGACCACCGUGCGCAAGUACUGCCCCUUGAGCAUUUCGACCAAGAUGUUCCACUCUGCCUUCUACGAAAUCCUCGCCGCCGGCUGGGCAACUCCAUCAGACGAGGCCCCUCCAAGCCGAUACAACGCCAUUGUUGGUCUCACCAAUCUCGCCAAGAAGGAUCACAUGAAUCACGAGGCCCGACGAAAGCUCGGAAAUCUCCUUUCUCACAUCUACCGGGAACACCUCCACGAUGGUGGACAUUGCUUGACCAUGGAGGAUAGAAAGGCCGCAAUCGAAGAUAUGGAAACCACUCUUUACAAAGUCCGCAACAUCGUCGGAUCGAUCCAGUACGCUGACUUGCUUUACUUGAAAAACACCUACAAGCCAGUUGUCACUCUUGAAUCGGAAGAUGACAUCAUGAAUUUGAAGAAAUCCGGCAACGCUGGUGACGGUUCAUCCGCUGAUCACCUUCGAAUCAUGCUCGACAAGCCUUCCGCGGUCUACAUGUCCCUGACCAACGGUGCUCCCAACUCCGCCUUGAUCGUCGGAGAAGACAACCAAGAAAUCGAUCUCAAUCUCCUUUACAAAUCUAUUCUCAAGGACACCACCCCUGGUACUGUUCUUUUCCUCGUGACUGGCGCCGAAUUCCCCGUCGACAACCCACGACUUGUCAACAUCAUCGCUGGAAACGCCCAAAACAAGAAUAUUCUUAUCAACGUCGUCCUUCUCGAUCCAAAAUACGUGACUGAUGUUUCGAAGAUCAUGUACAACACCCUUGCCCUUUCUACUGGCGGUAUGAUGUACGAAACUCCCCGACGACAGGCUUCCGAUCUCAUCCCCGUCAUCGAGUCUCGAUUCCAGCCAGAUCAGGUCACAAUCGUUCGAAACCAGCGAAUUCCCGUCACUGGCCGAGGCAACUCCAUCGUUGAUAUUCCAGUCGAUUCCACCAUGUCCGAGCUCAUCUUUGAAGUCUUCUGCCCAAGCCUCCAGUCACUCAUGAUCUACAACCCCCGAUAUCGUCCACAGAGAGACAUCGAAACCCUCGUCGCCACCCGAGAACACUACUUGUAUUCCAUCAAGAACGUCGAGCCCGGCAACUGGCAAGCUCAGGUCAAAUGCGAUACCGAUUUCUACAUCGAGGUCCGUGGUCAAUCCCCUGUAGACUUUUUCUUCACCUUUGCCAACACCAACGGCGAAUUCAAGUCUACGUCUCCAUUCGGCCUCAACCCUAAGGGAUCCCUCAACGCUGAUGAAGAAUCUAAAUUUUUGUUGGUCCAUUCUCUCGGUGUUGAAAAUGUAGAACUUCAAUCCGUCCAGUUCAAGGAUGAAGAUAAAAUCUCCGAUGAUCGAGUUUCCCCACUUUACCUCGUCGAAUCACUCGUUUCCGCCUUCCCGAUGCCUCUUGAGAGCGAAUCACUCGAACAAAAGACUUUCCAAAUGGCUAAAAUCGAAGGAAUUGAUCAAUCUGGAUUCCCAGUUCUCCGAACACACGUGAUCUUCCCAUCCAAAAUUCUCCUCCUCACUGAGCUUGAAAAGACCGACUUCCUUCCAGGCGUCGAUUCUACUGUCACAGUCCGAGUUACAAACGCUUACCGAGAAAUCGACCUUGCUGCUAAUGAUUUCGAAGAUUGGAUCGUCAAUAUUUCACCUUCUAAAACCUCCAAGACCUACUACACUGAUGUUGUCGUGACUAUCCGACCGCCAGCGAACACUGAACAAGGCAAGAUCUCGUCCGUCACAUUUACCGCAACCGCAGAAGAGCAGAAGGUCCUCCUUGGUUCGAUCACUUUCGACGUCGCCGCUGGACAACGAGCCAAGCCCACAAUCGAGUCUCUGCAUAUCGAUACUCAGAUCAACAACAAGUUCGCCACUACUUCCAUCAAGUCAAACAUCCGAAACGAUCACCCAGAGCCACGAGAAGCUGUCUUUGACGCUCUUGUCCCACCAAACGCACUCAUCACCGGUCUCCGAUUGUUCAUUGGCGAAGAAGUCUUUGACUCUGAAAUCUACCCCGCCAAGGCUGUUGAGAAGAAACCAACUGAUAACAAGUCUAAAAUCACUAUCAACCCCCACCCAAGUGAAAUGAUUAAGGGCCACAGCCCCGGCGGUAAUCUCCACGGACUCAGCGCUCCCCAGAUUCUCCAACGAGACGCUCACCGAUAUGAAAUCAAAAUGAACAUUGACUCCUGGGACAACGUCACCUUUGAACUCACCUACGAAGAGCUUCUCGAGCGAUCUCAGGACCGAUACCAGCACUGGGUCAGCCUCGCCCCCUCCCAAAUCGUUCCAGACAUGAGCACAUCGAUUCAAGUCAGCGACAUGGGCGGAAUUAAGUGGAUCCGAGCUUUCCCACUCCAAUCUGGUUCUGAGUCAUUCCGACCAGGUUCUGAUGCUGAAAUCAAAUGGGAAAAGGGAGAUGAAUUCGCAGAAGUCAAAUACGCCCCAAGCGAGGAGGAUCAACACAGCUUCAGCCAAGACGGUAUUACUGGCCGACUUAUGCUCGUCUACGAUACAAACCACGAAAAAGCUUGUGAUGCUAUGAUCCAGAAUAAUUUCUUUGUCCAGACCUGUCUUCCACCAAAGAUCAUGCUCAAGUCAAACGCUCAGUCAAGCUCCACUGCUCCUUACAAUGUUGUCUUUGUCAUGGACAAAUCCGGUUCCAUGAUUGGCACGAAAUUAGAUCAGACCAAAGAAGCCUUCCGAUCCAUGAUCUCUUCCCUCGAUCGAAACGCAAAAUUCUCCAUCGUCGGUUUCAACUAUGCCACUACCGCUUGGAGAAACAAACUCGUCCGAGCUACCAACUACAACGUCGAAGAAGCCCGAUCAUUUAUCUCUAGAAUCUCUGCCGGUGGCGGAACCAACAUGCACGCCGCUCUUCUUGAUGCCAUCGAGCUCUGCAACUCCGAAUCCUCCUCAACUGUCCCAUGCAUGAUCCUAUUUAUGACCGACGGAACCCCAACUGUGGGAGUCACUGAAGAGUCGCGAAUCCUUUCGGAUGUCACCAAAUCCCGACAGCAAGGAAAUGCCAACAUCGCGUUCAAUGUAAUCGGAUUUGGCGCUGGAAUCAGCUACAGCUUCCUUUCUCGCUUGUCCGUUUUGAACUCUGGUAUCGCCCGACAGAUCUUUGAAGACACCAACGCUGCUUUCCAGAUGCAAGGAUUCUUCGAUGAGGUCAUGAAAUUCACCGACGCCCGACGAACAAUGAAAUCCGUCCAGUUCAUGUACUCUGAUGACUUCCUUGACUCCAACGAGACCACAUACGAUUCCAUCGACCAAUCCCAGCUCGGCAACGGCCAGGAAUUCACCUUCGCCGGCAAAAUCAAAGAGAAGGUCCUCGGCACAUUCAAAACCGUCUCCAACGACUUGAAAAUCAUCGACCCGAACGGCGAGGAGCGAAUCAUCGAGCAAAAAUACAUCGUCAACGAGAUCAUGAGCCCUGUCAACCUCAAAUUCGCCGGCCGAAAGGAUGAGAAGAACGUCAAUUUGAAUCUGGCUGAGAGAAUUUACCGACUCCAGGUCAUUAAGCAGCUUAUUCGCGAGAGACACAUUGCUCACACUGCUGAGGACUUCAAUGAAGUGACUCGAAAGCUGAUUGCUAUUUCCUCUGGCAACGAGCACGUUUCCGCUUACCUCUCUCCCGUCAUGUCCAUGUCUGUAACUAAGCCGCUUCCAGGCAAUCGCGCCCGUCGAUCGUCCGACUCCUUCGAGGAAUUCGACCUCAACCUCAAGACGCAAGUUCAACACGUGGUCCAGUACGAGUACCGAAAGCUCUGGUGGAAGAAUCAGGCGCCUGAAGAAAAUGUGAUCGAAAUGGACGCUCCAGAGCCAUCGAUUGCUUCCGUCUCUGGUCUCCCAGCCCUGUUCAAUGUCAACCUUCGAAACAGCGCCUCCCCCGCUUGUUUUGACAUUGGUGGACGAUCCGGAAGCGAGUUCAAUAUUCUCAAGGACGAUACUGUUGGCAUUGCUGUUUCUGGAAAGGCUGCGCUCGACAAAGACAAUCAGCUGUACUUUGAUCAAGUCCGAGUGAAACUCGGAUCUACAACGAUUAUCGUCCUCGCUGGUGGUCAAAUCCUCAAGCAAACCUUUGACGGCGCCAUCUAUCGACUCGAAUCUGACAAGAUGAUUUUGGUAAAGGACUGGCAAGUGCGAUCAACCGGCUCCGACUGCUACCUCCAGUACAAGGAUCAGAUCCAGAUUCGACUCAUUUCUGAUGCUUCUUCCGUUGGUGUUGAGCUCGUCAGCUACGAGGACGGAAACAGCCUCUCAGCUACCGGUCUCUUGGGUCAGUUCGCCUCAAACAACAUCGCGUUGGAUCAAGCUCAGGCUAAUUUGAUCACUUCCUCCUCGCUCAUUCCAGUGGUCACCCGGGAAACUUCCAACGGACAGUGCUGGUACACGGACGAUUACACGAUGAAACUUCUCGGCCGACGAUACUCUGAUUACAUUAAUUAA